AUGCACACAUCUCUCGUCGACCAACAAGAAGUACAACGUUUACAGAAUCAGACGAGAAACAUUCAAGAGCGUCUUAUUGCCAUUGAUAGGAAAACACAGAAAAACAUCGAUAGCAUUGAACAGCAAAGGGACGACGUGCUUGCCAAAAUCGAGGACAUUGAGAGGAGCUUCAUAGAGCAUAUCCGGAAAUUAAAGCAUGGAGCAAUUGGCGCUCUUAACAAGAACUAUACUUCUGAGAAAGAAAACCUGCAGUAUAAUAUCAACAUGAUGGCAAAUUCGAAAAAGGAAAUUGAGACUGUAAGUAGUCAGUUGCAGACAGUUACCAGUAUAGAAGCAGGACAACAGUUUGUUCAGAUGAAACUGAUACAACAGACUGUAAAUGAUGCAGAAAAAUUGGUUGAAGAACGCGAGGCGGCAGGUUGUAAAGCUUUAUGUUUUACAGAAAAUACAGAUUUGAAGACCUCCAUUUUGACAGCGACAACUUUAGGACAUGUGAAUACCGUUACAGAAAAUGAACGUCAAACUGCCCGAAGAAUAUAUAAGGUGAAAUCAAAAAAGAAGAUAAAUAUCAAAAUGCAAAACGACCGUAAGACGUGUUAUAUAAUUGAUGUAUGUCAGCUACAGGACGGUACGAUCAUACUGGCUGACUGCGAUAAUAGGAAUAUUAAGAGGCUUGAUAUGAAUUAUAACUUCAAGGAUCACUGUGACCUAGGUGGCUGUCCUAUGGGUAUCUGUUGUACUGGUCAGAAUGAAGUCGCUGUAAAAAUGAGCAACGACAAGGUUCAGUUUAUAUCAGUCGGCAGUUCAUUUUCUAAGCUAAGAGAGAUAACUGUAGCAUUUGGAUACCUUUUGGGAAUGGUUUACUGUCCUGGAGAACUGUGGAUAUCUACCGGAAAAGGUGUAAAUGUCUACAGUACAUCCGGUACUCUACUGAAAACUGUUAGAAAAGAUAUCUAUGGUCAGAAUAUAUUUAAAUCGGCUAUUCGACAUAUGGCAGUCAGUGGGGAAACUGUUAUCGUAACAGAUUGCAGUGAUGGAGCCGUCUGUCUGGGAAGAGAUUAUACGGUACAAAGAGAACUGCGGGACAAAAGGCUUGUCAACACAUUAGGUGUAAGUGUAUCUAGUGAUGGAACCGUGUUCCUGUCUGGAUGCGAUUCACACAAUAUUGUGAUGUUUGAUAAGAAUGGGAAAUGCCUCGGACAGUUGGUAGCCAAAGACACUGGUCUACAGAAACCAAUUGCGUUACAUUAUGACGACAAAAGGAGUUGUUUAAUCUCAACAUGUGCUAGUUCUGACAAAGUAAUUAUUUUUGAUAUAUCCGAUUGA